CUUCAGUCUUACCUAAUCCACCAAGCAAACAUACACAAACAUGGCGAUAUCACAAGCGGGCAAGAUGCAGUCUCGGUGCUCCUUAUAUUUAUUAUUCCUCUCGGUUGCAGGAAUCAGCUCCUCCACCCUCCACCUCCACCCGGAGCGGCGCCACAUGCUGCCGCAGAACACAGGCUUCUUCACGAUAGAGGCAAACGAGGGUUUCCCAGCCGGAGAUGGAGGAGGCGACGCGGCUCCAGCGCUGCCUCUGGCCGCUCGGAGAGCCGCUGAAGGCGGGUUGGGCUCCGGCGCCCAUCCGCCGCAUCGAAGCCGCCGGAGCCCUGCUGAAUCGACCAUGCCAAAGGUGUACGGGAAGGCCAACCUGAACGACUCCCACAACCAGAUGGUGGUCCACUGGGCCGGAGAGAAGAGCAAUGUUAUAGUAGCCUUGGCUCGAGACAGCGCCGGAGCCACUGGGCCCAAAACCAGCUCUGUCUAUGUGUCCUACGACUAUGGGACCACUUUCACACUGGUCUCAGAUAAGUUCCAGCUCUCAGGGGUCAAGGCGAAGGACGGCAGCAAGCAGGUCAUCUCCCAGUUCUACCACAGCCCUGCAGACAACAGGAGGUAUCUUUUUGUGGACUCUACCAACAACUUCCUGUGGAACACCUUUGACUUCUGUAAGAGCGUCCAGGGCUUCUCGCUGCCCUUCAAACCCACAGACCUGCUGCUCCACAGCCGAAGAUCCAACCUGGUGCUCGGCUAUGACGGCUCCCACCCAAACAAACAGCUGUGGAAAUCAGACGACUUUGGGGAGACAUGGGUGUUGAUCCAAGAGCACGUGAAGACCUACUUUUGGGGCGUGGAGCCCUACGACCCCCCCACCACAGUGCUGGUCCAGAGGCACGAGCCCCAGGGCGUCUCCACCAUCCUCAGCAGCACCGACUUCUUCCAGAGCGAGCAGAACCGCAGAGUGAUCCUGGAGCAGGUGGACAGCUUCCAGCUCCGAGACAAGUACCUGUUCGCCACCACCACACGGAAACUGUUUGGAAGCCACGAGCCUUCAUCUGUUCAGCUCUGGGUCUCCUACAACCGCCAACCAAUGAAAGCUGCCCAGUUCAUGACCCGACAUCCAAUCACAGAGUACUACAUCGCAGACGCCUCGGAGGACCAAGUGUUUGUGUGUGUGAACCACCUGAACAACGCCACACACCUUUACAUCUCAGACACACAGGGCCUGUCCUUCUCUCUGUCUCUGGAGAACGUCCUGUACUACAGUCCUGAGGGCUCCGGCAGCAACACACUCAUCAGGUACUUUGCCAACGAGCCUUUUGCAGACCUGCACCGUGUGGAGGGGCUGCGAGGAGUCUUCAUCGCCACGCUCAUCAACGGCUCGGUCAGCGAGGACAACAUGCGAUCCGUCAUCACUUUCGACAAGGGGGGGACGUGGGAGCUGCUUCAGCCGCCUGCUGCCGACAGUCUGGGAGGAACUGUGGACUGCCAGCUCGGUAAAGGUUGCUCUCUCCACUUGGCCCAGCGGUGGAGCCAGCUGUUCAACAUCCAGCUGAGGAGGGUCCCCAUUUUAUCCAAGGACUCUGCACCGGGACUCAUCAUGGCCACAGGAUCUGUCGGCAGGAACUUGGCCAACAAGCCUAAUGUGUAUGUAUCCAGCAGCGCCGGAGCUCGGUGGAGAGAGGCUCUUGCAGGCCCUCAUUUCUACACAUGGGGUGACCACGGUGGGAUCCUGAUGGCAAUCGCUCAAGGAGGCUCCACCACACAUCUCAAGUUCAGCACCAACGAAGGAGAGACGUGGACCAACUUUAAGUUCUCAGACAGGGAGGUGUAUAUUUACCAGCUGCUGACGGAGCCCGGGGAGAAGAGCACCAUCUUCACCAUCUUCGGCUCCUACGCCGACCAGAGGCACAGCUGGCUUAUCCUGCAGGUCAACACCUCCGACGUCCUCGGUGUGCCGUGUUCUGACGCUGACUACAAGCGCUGGUCUCCGUCAGAUGAGCAUGGUAACGAGUGUCUGUUGGGCCGAGAGGUGACGUUUAAGAGACGAGCUCCCCAUGCCACGUGUUUCAAUGGAGAAGACUUCGACCGGCCAGUGACCGUCUCUAACUGCUCCUGUACGCGCCAGGACUAUGAAUGUGACUACGGCUUCAAGCUGAGCGAGGACUUGUCUCUGCAGGUGUGUGUUCCUGACCCCGAGUUCUUAGGCGACCUGUACGCUCCUCCUGUGCCGUGUCCUGUCGGCACCACCUACCGCCGCAGCAAAGGCUACAGGAAGGUACCAGGCGACAGCUGUAGUGGAGGAGACGUGGAGUCCAGGCUGGAUGGAGAGAUGCUGCCGUGUCCUGUCGGAGAGAGUAACGAGUUCAUCCUGUACGCCGUGAGGAACUCCAUCCAUCGCUACGACCUGGCCACAGGUACAGACCAGGCCCUGCCUCUGGCCGGCCUCAGGGAGGCCGUGGCGCUGGACUUUGACUACGACAGGAACUGCCUGUACUGGGCCGACAUCUCACUGGACACCAUUCAGCGUCUGUGUCUGAACGGCAGCACAGGUCAGGAGGUCGUAGUGAGGAAAGAUCUGCAGAACGUGGAGGCUCUGACCUUUGACCCCAUCAGUAGACUGCUGUACUGGGUUGAUGCUGGAGCACAGAAGAUUGAGGUGUCGAACCCUGACGGCGACCUGCGUCACACUCUGCUCAACUCGUCGAUCCUGGAACACCCCAGAGCUCUGGUUCUGCUGCCUGGAGAGAGUCUGAUGUUCUGGACCGACUGGGGAGACCGAGCAGCCGGUGUCUACAGAAGCUACAUGGACGGAACCAACGUGUCCUGUAUUGUGUCAGAGGGCGUCCGCUGGCCCAAUGGGAUCACAGCUGACGACCACUGGCUGUACUGGACCGAAGCCUACAGCGACCGCAUCGAGAGGGCUGAUUUCAGCGGGGGCCAGAGGAGAGUUCUCAUGGAGGGGCUGCCCCACCCGUACGCCAUCGCUGUCUUCAAGAAUGACCUGUACUGGGACGACUGGUCCAGAAUGGGGAUCUUCAAAGCUCCGAAAGCUGGUUCUCAGGACAACGAGCUGAUUGUUGGCAGACUCACUGGAGUCAUGGACCUCAAGAUCUUCUACAAGGGGAAGAACAGAGGACACAACGCGUGUGCCGACCAGCCGUGCAGCCUGCUGUGUCUACCUCAGCCCGGCCACCGACACACCUGCGUCUGCCCAGACGGCGCCCCGACCGUAACCAUGCCCAACGGAGAGCUGCAGUGCCAGUGUCCCAUCGGCUACCAGCUCCAAAACAACACCUGCGUCAAGAGCGAGCACAGCUGUUUGCCCAACCAGUACCGCUGCUCCAACGGCCGCUGCAUCAGCAGCAUCUGGAAGUGUGACAGCGACAACGACUGUGGAGACAUGAGUGAUGAGCAGGAGUGUCCCACCACCACCUGCGACCCAUCCAACCAGUUUCGCUGCAUGGCCUCGGGCUCCUGCAUCCCGCUGGCCUUCAAAUGUGACCAUGAAGACGACUGUGGAGACAACAGUGACGAGGAGCACUGUGAGUCUCACCAGUGUGGCCCAGGAGAGUUCACAUGUGCUCGAGGCGUUUGUAUUCGCGAGGCGUGGCGCUGCGACGGAGACAACGACUGCAGAGACUGGUCGGAUGAGGCCAACUGCACAGUGGGCCACCAUACAUGUGAGGCCAGCAGCUUCCAGUGUCACACAGGUCACUGUAUACCACAGCGCUGGAUGUGUGACGGUGACGAUGACUGCCAGGACGACUCUGAUGAAGACCCUCAGAUCUGCGAGGGAACUCGGUGCAACGGCUUCCUGUGCUCCAAUCACACCUGCCUCCCAGCCACCGCGCACUGCAACGGCAUCCAGGAGUGUUCAGACGGCGCCGACGAGCACAACUGUGACCCGCUGUGUACUCGCUACAUGGAGUUUGUGUGCAAGAACCGAGCCCAGUGUCUGUUUCAGUCUCUGGUCUGUGACGGGAUCAAACACUGUGAGGACGGAUCUGACGAGGACGCCGACUACGCUGGAUGUGCCACGCCGUCUGAGUUUGGCAAGGUGUGUGAUGCCUACACCUUCCAGUGUGCCAACGGAGUGUGUGUGAGCCUGGAGUGGAAGUGUGACGGCAUGGACGACUGUGGGGAUUAUUCUGAUGAAGCCAACUGUGCUGCUCCCACUGCGGUCCCAGGAUGCUCCAGGUAUUUCCAGUAUGAGUGUAGAAAUGAACGCUGUAUUCCCACGUGGUGGAAGUGUGAUGGAGAGAACGACUGUGGGGACUGGUCUGAUGAGGCGCAGUGUACAGGUGGUGUUACUCCUCACACUGUGGCCCCUGGCCCCUCUACUUGUGCCCCCAACCGCUUCCACUGUGGCUCUGGAGCUUGUAUCAUCAACACCUGGGUGUGCGACGGCUACGCUGACUGUCCCGACGGCAGCGACGAGCUGGGAUGUCCCACAGCAAUUAACGGCUCUGCAACGAUGGCUCCAGUACCCACCCAGGCCCCCCCCUCCCCUGCACGCUGCAGUCGGGGUCAGUUCCUGUGUCGCCGACCCCCCCACUGUAUCCCCGACUGGCAGCGCUGUGACGGCCAGAUCCACUGUCAGGACGGCUCUGAUGAAGCCCACUGCCCUACUCGUGGGCCUCUGUUCUGUGUAAACGGGACUCGCUGCUCUGACGGUGAAGCCUGCAUCCUGGACAGCGAGCGGUGCGAUGGUUUCCUGGACUGCUCUGACCACAGCGACGAGGACAACUGCACCUUGGACACCCUGGCCUAUAAAGUGCAGAACCUCCAGUGGACACCAGACUUCUUUGGCGCCAUCACGCUGACCUGGUCUCGCCCCAAAAACCUUCCUCUGGACUCCUGCUACUUCCUCAUUUACUACAGGCUGGUGGGCACCCAGCAGUGGACCAUCAUGGACACACACAGCAACAAGUCGAGCUACAAACUGACGGUGCUGAAACCAGACACCACCUACCACGUCAAGGUGCUCACUCAGUGUCUCAGCAAGCUGCACAAGACCAACGAGGUGAUCACGGUCAGGACGCCAGAGGACUUGCCCGACCCACCCAGGAACCUGCAGCUGUCUUGUGACAACGGUGAGGACGGGACGGUGGAAGUUUCCUGGAGCGCUCCUGACAAAGGACACGGCAUCAUCAGAGAGUACAUUGUCGAAUACAGUGAGGAAAAGAGCAUCGAUUGGAUGUCACAAAAAUCCAUGACGACCAACACUGAAGUGAGGGGGCUGCAGCCGGACACCAUGUACAUGUUCAGGGUGGCAGCACUGACCAGUCGAGGUGUGGGCAACUGGAGCGAGGUUAAAUCCAUCACACCAAAGAAAGCUCUGCCUCCACCCUCUGUGAUCGCUGACAGCAUCACCGCCGACUCCAUGAGCCUUUCAUUCAGCUUCAACUCCCAGUAUGACGUGAGACAGUACAUAGUGAUUCUGUACUGGCAGUUUGACACCCACGUCAAGGAGAGCAGGAACUACUCAGUCACAGGGAGGUUCCUCAGAGCGACAAACCUGACAGCAGGGACGGUGUAUGAGGUGGCUGUGUGGGCUCAGACCAGUAUAGGAGACAGUCCCACCGCCCUGUCCCACCAUCAGACCAUUGGUUCCCAGCCGGAGCGGCCCCUCCUCAAAGCCCGGGCUCUCAACCAGACAGCUGUGGACUGCAGCUGGACCAUCAGCAAACCCCCCGCACAGGGACAACAGGUGUACGGUGUGUUUUACGCCACCUCCUUCCUGGCCCUGCACCGCAGCCCUCAUCAGAUCACCACCGCUUCUCUCAGCCUCACGGUCACAGUGGACAGUGAUGAACAGUAUCUCUUCCUGGUGCGUGCUGUCUCUCCCUUCCUGGGUCCUCCCUCUGACUACGUUGUGGUGAAGAUGAUUCCCGACGAGAGGCUGCCACCCAGGAACCUCCACCGUGUGCGAGUAGACAAGACACAGGCCACGCUGAAGUGGCAGCCACCCUACGACUUGCCAAACUCUCCUCUGACAUACGCGAUCCACGUGCGGGACGUGAUCCGCAAGGAGGAGCGGGACUACAAGCUGACCACCCAGAACAACACAAUAGAGUACGUGCUGAAAGGCCUGGAGCCCGGAGGACGAUACAGCAUCUCUGUGCGCCUGCGCAACAUGAGCAAGGAGGCCAGCUUUACUCUGUGCACAGUUCCUCUUCCUGCUCCUGAAGCCUUGAAGAUUUUGACAGAGAAAGACCACGUGUUCCUCUUCUGGAAGAGUCUGGCUGUCCGAGAGAAGGGCUUCAAUGAGAGCAGGGGCUAUGAGGUGCAUGUGUAUGACAGUGUGACCAACCAGACGUCCUACCUGGGAAACACCACAGAGACCUAUUUCCGCAUCAGCAGCCUGUUGCUGGGACACAACUACACGUUCUCAGUGCAGGCCCGCUGCCUGCUCAGCGGUCAGCUGUGUGGCGAACCUGCACUGCUGCUCUAUAACCAGCUGACAGCAGGAGCCAGUGACGCCUCCCGCGGUGAGGGCCACUCAGGAGACAUGGCAGCGGUGGUGGUCCCGGUCCUCUUUCUGCUGCUGCUGGGCGUGUGCGGUGGCCUGGUGGCGCUCUACCUCCGACACCGCCGGCUGCAGAAUAAUUUCACCGCCUUUGCAAACUCCCAUUACAACUCUCGCCUGGGCUCUGCCAUCUUCUCCUCCGGGGAUGAACUGGGUGAUGAUGAUGAAGAUGCUCCCAUGAUCAGCGGCUUCUCAGAUGACGUUCCCAUGGUCAUUGCGUAGCAAGACGUCCCUCCAUCGCCUAUUUCUCUCUUCCCUUCUCCCCUUCUCUUCUUCCGCCCUCCCCCCCACUCCCCUUUACUCCCCAUCGCUCCCCAUCAGUGGCGCUGUACGAUGGAGUGAAGAGGAAACAAGUGGAACCUCUGCCCUCCCAAAUCCGACGAUGGGAAACGACCCCGAUCAGCAGGAAACAUGAAGAAAAAUGGAAAAGUGUAAAGAGAGAAAGAGAUAUUUUUCAAAUAUAUGAUGCACUUUUUUUGGAUGCGCAAUAACUUAUUUUUUAUAAUAUUAAAUAUAUAUAUGGGGUCAAAAAAAAGGACUGUGAGGAAGAGGUGGACACUGAAGCAAACUGUGAAGGAUUUGAGUUUGUGGAGCGCGCCAGGGAAAGAGAGACCCUAUUUGUAAUGCAAACUCACUAUCCAUAGGAGCGGUUCAUUGCUUAAAGCCAAAAUAAGCAUCCAGAGACUGGAAUAUAGAAUGCAAAAAACACACACAUAGAAAAAACACAGAUAUAUAGUCAAAUGCUGUAUACAAUAUGUACAAAUAGAAAAUAUCAGAGCAGUAAUGGUUACAUAUUUUGGUGAUAGUACAGAGCGUACUACAGCAGCAUAUGUAACAUUGGUGCCCCGUGCGAGGCAGCCGGAGAGUAAACUGUGGAUCACGUUUCUUCAUUUACAGAACCUGAACCGUUUGUCUAUUCAAAUGAUCACCAGUUUGGAAACUGCUGAUUAUUGUAAACACAUUAACAAAGUCUUUGUCGCUCAGCGAAGCCAAACAGCUCAGUGAUUGGAUAGACCAGUGGCACCGUGUAGUGUCCUCAUAGAUACACCUUUAUUUUCCAUCACCAGCACACUGUUGUUCGUCUGUAUGUAGAGGCAACACAUGCACCAUGAUAUGAUGAAAAUAUUCCACCCACAUCAUCAUUUGUAAAUAUUGGCUUUUAAUAUGUCCUCUCCUUGUAAUGCUGCACCAUAUCAUUCUGUAAAAUGUGUUGGAUUGUUAUUAUUUUUUAAAUCAUUCAGGACCACAAAUUAUCGUCCCCAGCAUUUUGCCAUAGCUGUAGUCGUAGAGGAAGUGGGUUCUCAGGGAACUGUGUCGGAGUGGACACCAGCGCAGCACCACCAUCACCACCAUGGCUUAGGCAGCACUGUCCAUCUACUGUUGAAUCGGUACAGAGACCUUGGAAGAGGUACUGUGGGUGCAAUGACCGGCACACACAGAUUAUUGUCAGUGGUUGUGAUGAAGAGUCGGGUUCAGGCUCACCGUCUGGUUUAGGAAAAGAUUUAAAGGGUUGAUUCAAACAAAAGAGAAAUGUAUUGACGUACCUGUGGUAGUGUCUGGUGAUGCAGAUAGUUUGGAUUGUUUCCCCCCAAGUUUUUAGGUAUGUCUGUGAGAAUUUUAAAGCAGCAUGUCUUUCCAGAAACAGUUAGCUUGCUUUUACUGGGCUACUUGUUGACAGCGUGUCUUCAUCCAGAGUAAGCGCCUGGUCACACCACAAAGUGGCACAAUUGACAUUUACAUGUCGCUGUAAAAUAAGUGACACUAGAAGUUUGUUGACGUACUGGUGGGGCUUAUUGGCUGGUAUCAAGCCCCCAGGAACAGCGCUGGGCUUUAAAUCCAAUUAUACAAGGUAGCUGAACUUUGAAUUACAACCUCCUGGUCCGUCAUAUGAGGCCAUGGUGCCCAAAAAGACUGACGUUAUGAAAGGGACGUCUAAAUCAGUGGAUAGCGUUACUUUUUUUGAGUGUCACAACCCCCGCAAAAUGACUCGUACAACUCAAUACAGUUUUGACUUGAUAAAAUUCAGGAGCCUGUGAUCAAUGUUUUCACUUUUCAUUGAUGAUAUUGGAUUGUUGAUGAAUGAAUCAGUCAUCAGUCCAGAUUGAUGAUUGUUAGACGCCUACUAAUUUAGUGGAGAGGAGAUUUUGGCCUUAAAAUGAGCUAAAUUAAAAAUGUCGGUGUGACAAACAGGGAAACUGUUUCUGGAAAAAGAUGUUUCAUUUUUAAAAUGUUUAAUGUUGUGAGUGCCACGUAUACAUUUUUAACUCACCUGUUUUGUUUUGGGGUGGAGGCUGCGAGCCAGAUCUCAACACCUGGUUAGCUGAAACCAAAGUUACCUGCAUGGCGAGACACUACUUUGGGUCUGUGACUUAACAUGUUUUAUUGUAAUUUGAUUGGUCCUUUUGAUGAACCAGUAAGGAGUACCAGUUGUAUAUACAGAAUUGAACCGUUGCACGUAAAUGUAUGAACACAAAAACAUGUUUGGGAAUCAUCGUCCUUGUUCGGCUCCCCCCGUCACCUGACUCUGUACUGUAGUCCAUUAACUGAUGUUUGUGUUUUGCCUCUGGGCUUGAGCCAUUUGAACUGAUGGUGUUCUGCUUUCUGUUGACCUUGUUCUUGUUUUGUUUGUAAAGAUGUCUUCAUGAAUGUAUUUUAUAUCUGUACUUUUUGAGGUACUGUCCAGGCUUAUUAUGCUACUCUCACCACCUGUGAAGUGAAUGCACGCACUCUGGUUUCACCCCCGCUAACAGUGAGUUCGUAACAUACUCCCGUCGUCACUCUGCAGACCGGCUUCUGCAGAUGAAUCUCAGUCGUUACAACCUGAGCCCAAUUCACCACCCAGAGCAACAAAGCGUUUUUGUCAGGAUGUUUCCUGCACCGCGUUUCUUUCAUCAUCUCAUUCUUCCUCGUUAAACGGUGUCUGUACUGACGUUUAAGGUUUCCUCAAGACUUGAGCUUGACUUCACGCCGCUCUUCACUCUCUUCAUGACUUUGUUCUGUUUCUUGGCCUUAAAAACAGAUUUCUGGCAUUAAUGCUGUUGUUUUUUCUGUUUUUGCUCUGUGGAGUUUCUGUUUUCUGUUCUGCCACAUAAUGCCUUAUUAGAACACAUUGGGUUUCUAUGUAAUGUACUGUUUGUAUGAUAGAACACAAGUGCACACGCAUGCACACACACACACACACACACACACACACACACACACACACACACACACACACUUGACCCCAGGAGGCCGAAGAGGAGGUUACUGUUUGGGCAUUUGGUUAAUUUGGUCAGAUCACUGCUCCUUUUUCUGCGUCGGCUGCCGUCAGACAGCAUCUUUUUAGUCAGGUUUUACACGUGUACAGAAUUUAAUUAUUGGUUAUUAUGUGACCGUUUGCUCCCCACUUGUCUUAAUGUUGACUCUUGUCAAAUAGUUUGCUUUGAAAAUGUCGUUUGGCACAGAGUUUGAUCUUGUUGGACUUGGCCAUGUUUGAAGAUAUUAAUGUCUUGCUUGCUUAUCUCGGGGGUUGCAAGAAUAAUGAGAUGUUUGGAGAAACAGUGUGAGGUGUUUUAAAAACCACUUAUACUGAAAUAAAGUUGCUGAAAAUCAAA